CCCCUCAGAGACACGACGGGGACCCUCUUGUGAGGGGAGCAGAAAGGGGUCUCUCUCUCUCCCCCUCACAACCCCAUUGCACUCCUCUCAUGGCGGAAGGGGACCCCACCCUCUCCCUGCCUGGCGAGGGGGCAGCCGGGCCAAGGGGGUCUCUGGGCGCAGGAGAGCCUGUGGGGAGGAGGGGGGAGAGGAAAGGAAGCGCCCCUUCUCUCUCAGGCAGCCCCAUGUCUCUUCCCCCCCCCCCAGGCUGGGUCCAUCUCUGGGCUUCACAAAGGACCCCCCCCUGGCUCAGCCCCUCCCCCACUCUCCUGACCCACAGGGGGAGGGGCAGCCCUUCCCUCCUUCUCAUUCAGCCUCUCCCCUCCCAACCUCCCUGUUUGCAGAUUGAAAACCACGUCCUUCUCUCCCCGCAAACCCAGGUCACCCCCAGAUAUGAUGCCCCCCCGCAGCCAUCUCGCCCCCUGCUGUGGGGAGGAGGAAGGAGGGGGGCCAGGCCCCCAUGGAGCCCCCAGAGGCAGCGCCGUCCCGUCCGCUUCCCAUCCCAACACAGGGAGAGGCUGCUCUAUGGACGUAGCUCUAGGGGCAAGCGCAUCCCAAAAGGAACCGGAAGUGUCGCUGCUUAAUGUGCCGGAAGUUUCCAGGAAAGGGGAGGAGGGGCGUCAGUGGAGAAAACCCCUCCCCAGCCCUUUCUAUUGCAGACAAGGAAAGCGGAGUAAUCUGGAGCCAGGGAGGCGGAGGACCAAGAGGUAAAGAGGGAGAGAAGGGGGGGAAAUAGAGGGGGGGAUAAGGGGGGAGGACAAAGAGACCCCCCCCAAGGAAAGCGCCCUCCCUGGGGCCCGUCGACAGGGGCCCCGAUCCAGGCGACCCAGGUGGGAAGGGGGGACCCAACACCUGCAGGGCUGGCCUUGCAAGAUCUCCUGGGCAGCAGCAGCACCGCCAGACUCCCUUUCUCUUUCCUGGGGGGCCGAGAGAUGCUCAGCUGCCCUGCCCCCCCUGGAGGCCUUGGCGGGAAGGGGAAGGAGGACCCCAAGCAGGGCUGGGGGUGGGGCUGAGGCCCCCCAUUCUCCCUGGGGUCGUGGGGCGCCUGGCUGGGGAAAGGGAGAGAGGGAGUCCAGGGAAGGGUUAAUGGAAGGGGGAGGAGCCUCGACAGAGACCCCUCCCCUUCCAGCACCACUUAUUCCCCAGUCUCCCUGCUGGCAGUCCCAGAUCAUCAUUGCCAUACAGGAUUGUCCUGAAUACCACCAUUUGCUAGCCAAGCCCAAACCCAAAAGUCCCGCUGAGAUGAUGAUUGAUAAUAUUGUCAUUUAUCCAUUUUAGACCCCUAAGUAGUAGCAAUUGCAAGGACAUUGUGCUGCUCUCCUCUGUACAGUUCCACCCCUAUUUCAGACCUUGUGGCUGAUUUAAAUGUUUAGCUGCUGAUAACAUGGCAACGUUUAGCAGGUGAUAUUGUGAGGUUUAGCUGCUACUAACAUUACAGCGUUUAGCUGGUAAGUUAUCGCAAUGUUGAAAAGCAGGUGUUGCCUAGCCCUUGCACACAUUGUGAUUCGUAAUAUAUUGCCAGCUCAGUAUUAGGAAACAGUUAUCACGAUGUAAACUUCAAGCCAGUCUUGGGCAAUAUACCAAUAUAUCGCCCAGCUCUAAUUAUGACCUAUAUUUCUGACCCAGUGUAUCACUGCUGAUUUUAGCAGUUUGUCCCCAGGAAUCCCUGAGGUCGUGGGGCGCCUGGCUGGGUCCCUUUUGGCUGGGGAAACGGAGAGAGGGAGUCCAUGGAAGGGAGAGGAGCCUCGACAGAGACCCCUCCCCUUCCAGCACCCCUGACCCCCCCAUCACCCAGCCUCCCUGCUGAGGGUGUUGGCUGUCCCAGAUCAUCUGUAUUCACUACGACUCAUCUCCAUACUUUGGAUUGUCCUGAAUACCACCAAUUAUAGCCUAGCGGAAACCCAAAAGUCCUGCUAGGAUGCAUCUUGGCUUGCCUGCUGAUGAAACUGAGUGUGUGAGGAUUGAUAAUAUUUUCAUUUACCCGUUUUAGACCCCUAAGUAGUAGCCGUUGCCAGGACAUUGUCCUGUUCGCCUCUGUAUAGUUCCAGCCUUAUUUCAGACAUUGUGGUAGAUUGCAAUCAGGGUGGGUUUGAUAUAAAUCAAAUUGAUUUCAAUCACAAUUUACAAUAAAUCACUAGUCAGUAUGAUUCUAUUUAAAUAAAAAAUUUCCGAUUUGGUUACACUAUUAGAAAUACAUAGACAGAUAAUUAUGAAAUCAUUCUGAGGUUUAAUAAGUUAACUGUCUAUAUUUGGACAACAUUUCUGCUGUAAUUUAUUGGAAGGAGAAAAAUAAUCAUUUCCUUAAUAACAACUUAAACAAUUUAUUUAACUAAAACAAUAAUAUUAUAGCAUGUUGGUAAACAUAUUUUUUUAAUAAAAAACAGCCAAGCAGACUGAGUUUUAGCGCACAUGAAAAACUCAGAACUUAAGCAUUUCACCACCUCCACUACCAGCCACCCCUUUGGAUUGGCUUCUGCAUUCAGGUGCCUAUUCUGUACAGUUAAGUGUUAGUGCGGUUGUUGGAACCCAGUGGGAUUGGGAAGAGGUUGCCAGCCCUGAAGAGCCUUCAGCGCUUGCCUCAAGUCUGACUUGCACAAUUAUUACACAAAGACCCCAAGAUGUGUGGAGUAUUCUGCUCACAAGGUUGCACUUUCAUUUUUACUGCUUCACACUUAGCUACUUGCGCAGAUCUCUUCCACUGCAAACCAUCUAUUCAUUGAACCUCUUGGAACUUAGAAUUUAAGGGGUUAAUUCUGUGUAUAUAAAUCUGCAAAGGAACAAUGGGAUUAAGGUUUUCCGUCAACUCUGUAUGUUUAUUUUAUAACAUUUUUCCUGUGAAGAAAAGGCAUGUUAUCUCUGCAGAUACACAAAUUCACACUUUUGAGAAUGGCAAAAACAAGCAUCUGUGACAAUAUCUUCUCAUUAGAAAAACUUCCCCAAAUAAUCUUACAGAAACCUCUGGAAGAGCAUGACAUUGUGAAUGGAUUAAUGGAAUUCAUUUACCCAAAAAAUUAAAUAUUGCAUAUAAAGCCUCAUGCUUGAUAAUUAAAAACAAAUCCUUAUUUCCUGAUGAAUAGCCUUUGGACUAUAAUGUAAUUAAAUAUAAAACUAUCUUUAG